AUGCAGUUUUCCUCUCGUUUACUAUUAGGUCUAAUUGUGACUCUCUGUUCCAUUGCAGCAGUUUUGGCUGGUGGUGACGUCAAGUCGGUCGAUAUUUAUGCACCACCUGUUUAUGGAUUGCCGGGUUUCGCAGCCACCAAUGCUUUGAACAAUGCAGCAGCCUAUGGCUAUCAAGGAGGUGCUGGACAGAAUUAUGGUGUCCAGGGUGGUAACUACAACCAAUAUGCUCAAAACACACAAGCUUACAACAAUCAAAUGAACUCUGUGAAUUACAACCCAUAUGCCAGCUAUGCUUCCAACUAUGUGGGUCCAACUUCAUAUGGAAAUCAAUUUGCUAAUCAAUACUAUCAAACUUAUGCUCCUCCUGCAUUGCCAUAUUAUCCUCCUGCAUUGCCAUAUUAUGGUGGUUAUGGUGGUUAUGGUGCUCCAUUCUAUGGUGGAUUUGUGGGUGGUGCUCCAUUCGUUCCUCCAGUCGUUGGUGGUGGUGCUGUUGUUGGUGGUGGCGCUGUUGUUGGUGGUGCUCCAUUCAUUCCUCCUAUUGGAGCUCCAAUUGAUGGAUAUUUGGGUGCUCCAGGUUUCAUUGGUGCUCCAGGAUUCAUUGGUGGACCAGUGGGUAGCGCAGGAUUUGUGGCUGGUGGAGGUGGUGCUGUUGGUGGUGCUGUUCUUGCCAAGUAA